AAGCCCCCACCAUCCUGGAGACAGCCACAUUCUCCUAAAGGCCACCCCCCCAAGUCUCCGAGGGCCUGGGGUGCGCGGCAGGAUGGCGGCAGGCGUGGCCACGUGGCUGCCUUUUGCGCGGGCGGCUGCAGUGGGCUGGCUGCCCCUGGCCCAGCAGCCCCUGCCCCCAGCGCCAGGGGUGAAGGCAUCUCGAGGAGAUGAGGUUCUGGUGGUGAACGUGAGUGGAAGACGCUUUGAGACCUGGAAGAACACACUGGACCGCUACCCAGACACCCUGCUGGGCAGUUCAGAGAAGGAAUUCUUCUACAAUGCUGACUCGGGCGAAUACUUCUUCGAUCGCGACCCGGACAUGUUCCGACACGUGCUGAACUUCUACCGCACAGGCCGUCUGCACUGCCCACGGCAAGAGUGCAUCCAGGCCUUCGAUGAAGAACUGGCCUUUUACGGCCUGGUACCUGAGCUUGUUGGCGACUGCUGCCUGGAAGAGUACCGCGACCGCAAGAAGGAGAAUGCAGAGCGCCUGGCGGAGGAUGAGGAAGCCGAGCAGACCGGGGAUGGGCCAGCUUUGCGGGCCGGCAGCUCCCUGCGCCAGAGGCUUUGGCGGGCCUUUGAGAAUCCACACACGAGCACUGCGGCCCUCGUUUUCUACUACGUUACCGGCUUUUUCAUCGCUGUGUCAGUCAUUGCCAACGUGGUGGAGACCAUCCCGUGCCGCAGCCCCGCACGGCGGCCCUCUAGGGAGCAACCUUGUGGUGAACGUUUCCCGCUGGCAUUUUUCUGCAUGGACACAGCCUGUGUGCUCAUAUUCACGGGUGAAUAUCUCCUGCGGCUGUUUGCUGCCCCCAGCCGCUGUCGUUUUCUGCGGAGUGUAAUGAGCCUCAUCGAUGUGGUGGCCAUCCUGCCAUACUAUAUCGGGCUUUUUGUGCCCAAGAACGAGGAUGUCUCUGGAGCCUUUGUCACCCUUCGUGUGUUCCGGGUGUUCCGCAUCUUCAAGUUCUCCCGGCAUUCACAGGGCUUGCGAAUUCUGGGCUACACACUCAAGAGCUGUGCUUCUGAGCUGGGCUUUCUCCUCUUUUCCCUUACCAUGGCCAUCAUCAUCUUUGCCACUGUCAUGUUUUACGCUGAGAAGGGCACAAACAAGACCAACUUUACUAGCAUCCCUGCGGCCUUCUGGUAUACCAUUGUCACCAUGACCACACUUGGAUAUGGAGACAUGGUGCCCAGCACCAUUGCUGGCAAGAUUUUCGGAUCCAUCUGCUCACUCAGUGGUGUCUUGGUCAUUGCUCUGCCUGUGCCAGUCAUUGUUUCCAACUUCAGCCGCAUCUACCACCAGAACCAGCGUGCUGACAAGCGCCGAGCACAGCAGAAGGUGCGCUUGGCAAGGAUCCGGUUGGCCAAGAGUGGUACCACCAACGCCUUCCUGCAGUACAAACAGAAUGGGGGCCUUGAGGACAAUGGCAGUGGGGAGGAACAGGCUGUGUGUAUCAGGAACCGUUCUGCUUUUGAACAACAACAUCAUCACUUGCUGCACUGUCUAGAGAAGACAACGUGCCAUGAGUUCACAGAUGAGCUAACCUUCAACGAGGCCCUGGGUGCUGUCUCACUGGGUGGCCGCACCAGCCGCAGCACCUCUGUGUCCUCCCAGCCUGUAGGUCCCGGAAGCCUUCUAUCCUCUUGCUGCCCGCGCAGGGCCAAGCGCCGUGCCAUUCGCCUUGCCAACUCCACUGCCUCGGUCAGCCGUGGCAGCAUGCAGGAGUUGGACACUCUGGCAGGGCUGCGGAGGAGCCCUGCCUCUCAGAGCCGCUCAAGCCUCAAUGCCAAGCCCCACGACAGCCUUGACCUGAACUGCGACAGCCGGGACUUCGUGGCUGCCAUCAUCAGUAUCCCUACCCCUCCUGCCAACACCCCAGAUGAGAGCCAACCUUCCUCCCCUGGUGGCGGUGGUGGUGGCAGGGCCAGCAGCAACCUUAGGAACUCCAGCCUGGGUACCCCUUGCCUCCUUCCUGAGACUGUCAAGAUCUCUUCCCUGUGA